AUGCCCCUCCCGAGGCAUGCCCCCCCCGAAGGCGCCCGCCCCGAAGGCGCCCCCCCCGAAGGCACCCCCCAAUUCGGGCCCGCUGCGAGCGUGCGCGUCGCGCCGCCCCAGUUCGGUGCGCCCGUGCGCUAUCUGCGCAGCCGGUUCCGCGCGGUCGUCUGCGAGCCGCAACCGCGCGAAGGCCGCGCGCUCACGUUCAAAACUGUCGAGGCGAACGUGCUUGAAUGGUACACACAGCCACGCUUCAGU